AUGGCGGAUGGGACAGCAGAGGAUGUUUUGAAGAAUGUUGAGCGACAACAGCGUGAUGAAGCCUCUUCCGCAGCAAGGCAGGAGAUGGUUGACGAUUCGGAGGUCGAUCUCCUCCAGCUCGUAGCGUCUCGCAUCCAGCAAGGUAAAUCUAAUGAGACAGACUCUGGUGUCCGAGCCGAAGAUGAGAACAAAAAAAAGAAAGAGAACGCCAAACUUGGUGCAAACGAGCAGCGUACAGAGGAGAAUCGUGUGGAUCCAGAAUUGGAUAUUCUCAAGGUUGUCGCUGCGCGUAUACACGGCACAGAAGCUGCCGUUGGCGCUGUCGCCUCUGAUGAAGACCAGGACAACAAGAUCGAGUCACAUGAAAGUGCAAGUGGGUGUGAGGGAGCAACCAAUGUUGGAACUUCGUCAAAGACCCCCACAAACGGAACGUGUGCCGUUGGCAUUGACGCAGAUGACGAUGCGGAAGGGGGCAACGUCAAUAUGGGCCCAGGGCACAAUGAAGAGAUGGUCCCUGCGACCCCUGCGCUCCGACACGGUGAACGUCUCCCAAUAUCUCGGCCAGGAGCUUUUUCAUAUUCGUCGUCUUCCUUACAAUCUGAAGCGCAUGAAGUCAUCUCUGGACCUGGGAGCAUGACCCCAGAAAAUUAUACCAGGAAUGAGACGCCAGAGGAAGUUCCUGUCCUCUUUCAGUUGCCCUCCCAGUACCAGAUGAUCAACGCCCUGAUUACUUGCCGCAGGCUGAAGAACUUGGAGACCAUGUCGAGGCUGACGCCCAAGCCAGGGAAUCCAGGAUUGAAAGUCGUGCUUUUACCUCAGCAUUAA